AUGGCAGUUGAACCGUAUAGACUUACGGCGACCCAAGCGUCAGCCAAGAUAAGGGCCGGGGAGUUGACUGUGGAAGAGUACGCGCGCUCGCUCUUGUCCCACAUUGAGGAGAGAGACCCCGUAGUCAAAGCUUGGGAGUACUUGAACCCAGAGCAGGUGAUUGCACAAGCGAAGGCAAUGGAUGCGAUACCGCCAGAGAAGCGCGGACCCCUACACGGAGUUGCCAUCGCAGUCAAAGACGUUAUUUACACAAAGGAUAUGCCAACACAGCACGGAUCUCCGAUCUACGCUAGAGACGCUCCCAAAGUCGAUGCCGGUUCCAUCAUAAUUUUGCGACAGGCUGGCGCGCUGCUUCUUGGUAGGUCCAUGCUGAUAAUUCAACCCAACCCCAGCAAUGCGAUACUGACAAAGGUAGGCAAAACAACCACGACCGAAUUCGCAGCGACGGUUCAAGGUCCAAAGACAGUGAACCCACACGGCACGACUCGGACCCCUGGUGGCUCCUCGUCAGGAUCAGGCGCCGCGAUUGCGGAUUUCCAAGCGCCGAUCGGCCUAGGCACCCAGACAGGCGGAAGCACGAUCCGCCCAGGAUCUUUCAAUGGCAUCUACGCCCUGAAGCCGACAUGGAACUCCAUCACGCGCGAGGGUCAGAAGAUUUACUCCUUGAUCCUAGAUACCCUCGGUUUCUUCGCCCGCAGUGUUGAAGACCUGCAAUUGAUGGCCGAUGUUUUUGACUUGAAAGACGACGAGCCCCCGAAGGACACCUUCGCUGUCAAGGGCGCCAAGUUCGCUCUGUUGAAGACGAUGGUGUGGCCUCAAGCUGGACCCGGUACCAAGUCCGCGAUGGCGAAGGCUGCGGAGCUUCUCAAGGCUCACGGAGCCGAGGUCGAAGAGAUUGAAUUCGAUCCCGAGCUUGAGGAGCUACCUCAGUGGCAUGCUACGGUGUUGCACAGCGACGGAAGAUCCGCUUUCCUGCCCGACUACCGCGCUGCUAAGGAUCAACUGCACGAGUUCUUGAUUUCGCAUGUUGAUAACACCAACAAGAUCAGCAGAGCGGAGCAGCUAGAGGCAUUUGACAGCAUUGCCAUCGCAAGGCCCAAAGUUGACAAGAUGCUGGCCAAGUACGAUGCUGUUCUGGUGCCUAGCGUCGUUGAUGAGGCUCCGGAAGGAACCUCGAGCACCGGAAGUGCAGCUUUCAACGCUCCUUGGACAGCGCUGCAUGUUCCCGUCGUCAAUAUUCCAGGUUUCAAGGGUCCGAACGGGAUGCCCGUUGGCGUUUCCCUUGUAGCUCCCAGGUAUCAUGACCGUCAUCUCUUGGUAGUCUCCAAGGCGGUCGGCGAGAUCUUCGAGGCGGAGGGUGGCUGGGAAUCUACCUUGUAG